CGCGCUAACGGCACGGUAACCUAAUUUCGACCAGCGAUGCGCCCUUUUCCUCCUGACUCCGUUUCAAUUACUCCGACGAGCGAAUACUCCCUCAGGGAGCGUCACCGUCUCCUCCGUCAUUCAAUCGGCUCUCAUCUCGAUGCCACGGACACGCGAAAGUAGCGCGACGACGGCGUGGCCGCGUGGCACGGCGCGACGCGGAGCGGCGUAGAGCAGUCAAGUGCAGUCGCGGACGGGCCCCUGGCGACGAAAACUGGAGCUGCUCUAGAGCGGGAAGGACUUUAACGAGUCGCGAGUAGCGGGCGGGUCACGUCGGUCGCCGCUGUUGCCGCGCCGAAGGCGACGUUCGCUUUAUUAGCAACGUCGACGCGAUGAGGUCAACGAGAUGGAGAGGCAUGUCUUGAAUCGCCGGAAACAGGAACGGUGUUACAUCAGAGGCCGCAACACGUGUUACGAUUGCGCACGCGGACGAUCAUUCCGACUGAUGGCUGAUUGAAAAAUCGAGCAAGCCGCAAUAUUCGCAGAAGCAACGGACGGAUGGACGCCUAAUAAUAACAUCAAGAUUUUUCCGAAAACUAAAAACAGAAUGAGUGACAGCGGUACUGGCGGCGAAUGCGAGAGAAGUGAUGAGAAAGCGGAUCCGGGCGCUAUCAGACACGGGAACUUCAUGAAUUAUUACCAAUUCCAUCCUGCGGAAGAGCGCGUGCGGCAACUUCCGCGUGGCGUGUGGCAGCGGCAACGGGUCGCCCAUCCGGCCCGGAAAUACGCGGGUCUAGACGUCGGCUGUAACGCCGGGGAUCUCACAUACAUUCUACGCGACUUCCUCGAGGAAGCCAUGUCGCAAGAGCAACCUGAGAUCUCCUUAAUCGGCGUGGAUCUCGACCCGAUCCUGAUCGAGAAAGCACGCGAGCGUAAUCCGCGCCCGGACCGCGUGACCUUCGAGUGUCUGGACUUUUUAUCCGAGGACUGCGGCGAGACGCUGAGGCGAUACCUGGCGCAAUUUAAUAAAACGCGAUUCAACGUGGUAUUCUGCUUCUCGAUCACCAUGUGGAUUCACCUGAAUCACGGCGACGAUGGUUUGGAGGAGUUUCUGCGAAGGGUUUGCGAGUUGGCGGAAAUGGUCGUCGUUGAGCCGCAGCCCUGGAGAUGUUACAGAAACGCUUCGCGAAGGCUGCGGAGAGCGAAAUUGGAAGAUUUUCCGCUGUUGAAGGAUUUAAAAUAUACCGGCAAUCCAAUGAAGCAUAUAGAGGAUAUUUUGAGAGGCCUGUGCAACUUUCAACGAGUCACCGUUACUGCCGGCAACGAAUGGGGACGCAUGCUUUUGAUUUAUGAAAGGAAACAGGAACCGUAAAAAAUUAUAGCAAAUGUAUAUGAUUAUGUAAAUUCACGGUUAUGCGUAAAAGUAUAUGAAUCAUUAUGAAAAAUAAAAUCAUAAAAUCAUACAUGAAAUUGUCGAAAUCGAUGGCGAGUAUUGCAUAGUAUUAUAUCUAAAUAUUUAUACAUCAUGAUUAUAUAUGUGAGUGUGUAUGUGAAAGAGAGAGAGAGAGAGAGAGAGAGAGAGAGAGAGAGAGAGAGAGAGACUAUGUGUUAACAUAAUAAUUUAUCUCAAUCUAGUAUACAUAGAUAAAGAGUGGAAAUAAAUUAAUAAUUUAAAAAAUAAAUGUAAAAUAAAUAAUUCAAACUGCUA